AUGACAAACCUUACACUGCGACCACAUUUUUCUGAUGAUUACGAACUCGAAACCGAAGCGCUUGUUAUGAAAAAAAUUAGAAACCUAUCAUAUUUUAAAGACGAUUUGAAGCGUUAUGAUUACCUUCAAAAUCUUUUGUAUGCAGAUCCAACGAUCAACGACGAAAAUGAAAUCGAUUUGCUGUUGGAUGUCGCGGCAUUUACAGCAAUUAUAAAAAACGGCCUAAUCAAGGGGCCGAUCGAUGCUCCGAUUGCAGUAAAUAAUCUUGAAUGCGUCGAUAGUGAUGAAAGUGAAACAGAACCGAGCGAUGAAGAGCGUUGUCGUGAAGAGUAUUACGUAAAAACAACAAAAAGAGACGACGACGGCAGAUUAAAUGUUUCAAUGGCAUUUACAACUGAAAACGGACCAUGUCUCGGUGAUUCACGUAAGAUAGCGUUAGCAACUUUAUUCCAAUUGGAGAAAAAAUUCGCGAAAAAUCCAGAAUUUCACAAACAAUACGUUGCAACUAUCAAUGAAUCCAUUGAGUUGGGACAUUUAGUGCUGGAAAAAAAUCCACCAAUCGACAGCCACUACAUUCCCCACCACGCAGUGUUUAAAAAUAGUACCACAACCAAGCUAAGACAGGUGUACAAUGCCUCGAACAAAACGGCAAAUGGAAAAUCGUUGAACGAGCAAUUGGUUGUGGGAAAAAUCGAUCAAUCUUCAAUCUUUGAAUUGAUCAUGCGAUGGAGAGAGCCAAAAAUCGCUGUCAUAGCAGAUUUAGAAAAGAUGUACAAGCAAAUUCGCUUAAACGAAAACCAACAACAUUUACAAAUGAUCCUAUGGCGAGAAUCUUGCGACGAGCCGAUAAAAAGUUACAAAAUGACGACAGUAACAUUUGGUUUGAAGGAUGCUCCAUAUCUUGCCAUUAGAUCUUUACACGAAAUUGCUCAAAGGGUCAAGGAAAAAUACCCACGAGCAGCGAAGGCAAUUUUGAAAUGCUUUUAUGUUGACGACUAUUCGGGUGGGGCCGAGACGGUUGAUGAAGCAUUGUCCAUUCUACGUGAAAUGAAGCAGGCAUUUAAUGAGUACGGCUUCAAUCUGAGGAAAAUCGUCAGUAAUUCGCCUGAAUUACUUGAAGCUAUCCCUGAGUGCGACAAAGAGCAAAAUGUAAGCAUUGUUAAAGUGCUUGGAAUUCCAUGGAACCCGAAAAAUGAUGAAUUUGUAUUCAACAUCAAAUUAAAUAUACACGAACGGCCACGAACGAAACGACAAUUAGCUUCAGAAAUAGCAACAGUGCAAUACGAUCCGUUAGGAUGGAUCGCACCGGUCAUCGUCAAAGCGAAAAUUUUGCUUCAAAAUGUGUGGAAGCUAAAACACGAAAAUAAUAAACCAUACGCUUGGGAUGAUGAUUUACCGAUCGAAAUUGUGAAUGAAUGGAUGAGCUACAAAUCGCGAUUGAGCGUAGUAAAUUCAAUUGUGAUACCACGGUGGCUCGGCACAGCAACAAAAAUGAAGGUGGAAUUGCAUGGAUUUUCUGAUGCGUGUGCAAAAGCAAUUUCGGCCAACGUCUACAUUCGAUUCGCAAGUGAAGAAUCGAUUCGAGUGGUGCUGAUAGCAGCAAAAACAAAACUGGCACCCAUCAACGAGCAAACAAUUCCAAAAUUAGAAUUGUGCGGAGCGGAAUUGUUAACGAAUUUAGUGAAAGCUACGCGAACGAAAAUGAGUUUUAACAUCAACGCAACAAUUUUAUGGAGUGAUUCAAAGGUGGCCUUGGCGUGGAUUAAAUCUAAUCCACAAAAGUAUAAAAAAUUUGUCGCCAAUCGAAUCAAACGUAUCAACAAACUGAAAAACGUCGAGUGGCAUCAUAUCGCCGGGAAACAAAAUCCAGCAGACUGCGCAUCGCGUGGAAUUUUUGGUGACGAACUGGCUAAUCAUCCACUUUGGUGGUUCGGCCCAGCAAUAUUACACGAAAACACCGAUAUUAUUUACAACGACGACUUAAAUUUUGAAACAUCGAAAGAACAAAAACUGAAUGUAUUGCUUGUUCAAAGUGAUAAAGGGUGUUUUAUCGACGACAAUUUACCAUUAGUACUCUGA